UCUUUAAAUUCUCCUGAUCCACUAAAUCAGUGUGUUAUUCUGCAGUGUAUUGUGAGAUCGCAGAUCGAGAAGAUGAACGCUCGAGUGUGUUGCUCGUUGAUUGCUGUCUUGUUGUGUCUCUCUGUGUGCUUGAGCACAAAAGAUGCCCAAAAAUGUGCCAUAGAAAAGCCAGGAUCUUGUCCAAAACCCACUGGAGCCGGACUGUGUGUUGAGAAGUGUUCUGGUGACGGUAGCUGUCCAAACAAUCAGAAAUGCUGCAGCAAUGGAUGUGGACAUCAGUGUAUGGCUCCAUAUACAGCAGAAAAGCCAGGAUCGUGUCCAAAACCCACUGGAGCCGGACUGUGUGUUGAGAAGUGUUCUGGUGACGGUAGCUGUCCCAACAAUCAGAAGUGCUGCGGCAAUGGAUGUGGACAUCAGUGUAUGGCUCCAUGUACUGGUGCUGAACCAGCAAAGCCAGGAGUGUGUCCUAGAAACGAUGUUAAAAAACCGAUGGUAGGAGUGUGUGCCGAGAUGUGUUCCUAUGACUGUGACUGUCCGAAGGAUCAGAAAUGCUGCAGCAAUGGAUGUGGACAUCAGUGUACAGCUGUAUCUAAAGACAAGCCAGGAGUGUGUCCAAUGGGUUUCCUUGGAAAAGGAUUGUGUAAAGAGUUGUGUGUCAAUGACGGUGACUGUCCGAAUGAAGCGAAAUGCUGCAGCACUAAAUGUGGGCGUGAAUGUACAUCUCUACCUAAAGUGAGGCCUGGUCCAUGUCCCAAACCAAGUGUAUGAUGAUCAGUAACCUGCCAGACAGAAGUGUUGCCCAACCACCUGUGCAUGCAGCAGACCAUGCCAGUUUGACCAUUGGGGCUGGGGGGCAAGCUUUUAUACCAUGUUUGAGGUCUUCUACAUUCACCAAAUAAAUAUCAUCAUAGUUUAGCAAAA